AUGGGGGUGGGAUGGUGGCAUGAUGAGCGCCUGGCCUUCGACAUGCACCACCACACUGCCGCCUGUGUCUUUAACGAAAGCUUGACCUGCCGAAAUCAGCAGGGGUGCGGGGAGGAGGCAAUCGCGGUGGGAGGCGACGCCAACCAGCGCAUUUUUAAAUGCCCCGCUGCUGGCCGGUGCCUGCGCUUUGGCGAAGCGGGCCGGAGUGAGGUCGGCCAGCGGGAGGAGCGAAGCGAUGGCGCCUGGCCCGGGCUGCGGGGCGAGGCACAAGCGCAGCCAGCCGGCAGGCACCGCGGGCAGCCUGCCACGGCCUUCGCCGCCGCCGCCGGGGGUCUAGCGACGAGCCGCACGAGGGCCAUGCUGGCGCCCCGGGAAGGGCCCCGGCCCCAGCCCCAGCCGCAGCAGCAGCAGGUGGUGCCCGGCGCCCAGGAGAGCUCCCGCGACCCCGAUCGCCACCAGCGCUGGGCGACGCUCUUCGAGCAGCUGGACACCAACAAGGAUGGGCGGGUGGACAUCAAUGAGCUCCGCGAGGGCCUGGCCCGGCUGGGCAUGGACGCCGGCGCCCACGCCGAGCAGGAUAUCCUCCGUGAUGGUGAUACAGACCAGGAUGGCGAACUUAAUUUUGAGGAAUUUGCCCGCUACGUCCAGGAGCGCGAACGCAAACUGCUGCUGAUGUUUCACAGCUUGGACCGCAACCAUGAUGGCGAGAUCGAUGUGUCAGAGAUCCAGCAAACCUUCCACGGCUUGGGGGUCUACAUAUCCCUCCAGCAAGCGGAGAAAAUCUUGCACAGCAUAGACAAAGAUGGCACCAUGACCAUUGACUGGCAUGAAUGGCGGGACCACUUCAUCCUCAAUCCGUUGGAGAACAUGGAGGAGAUUGUGCACUACUGGAAACACUCAACGGUCCUCGACAUUGGCGAGUGUCUCACCGUCCCAGAUGAGUUUUCCGAGAAAGAGAAGAAAACGGGGAUGUGGUGGAAACAGCUCAUUGCUGGAGCCAUGGCUGGUGCUGUCUCCAGGACCGGAACCGCCCCGUUGGACCGGCUGAAAGUUUUCAUGCAGGUCCACGCCUCAAAGAGCAACAAUAUGAAUGUCUUAGGAGGCCUGCAGGGCAUGAUCCGCGAGGGAGGCAUCCGCUCGCUCUGGCGAGGCAAUGGCAUCAACGUGCUCAAGAUCGCCCCUGAAUCUGCCAUCAAGUUCAUGGCCUACGAGCAGAUCAAGCGGGCAAUUCGUGGGCAGCAGGAGACGCUGAGGGUGCAGGAACGAUUCAUUGCUGGCUCACUGGCUGGUGCAACAGCACAGACCAUAAUCUACCCCAUGGAGGUUCUGAAGACGCGGCUGGCCCUCCGCAAGACGGGCCAGUACUCGGGGGUGGCUGACUGUGCCAGGCAGAUCCUUCGGAAGGAAGGGAUGUGUGCCUUUUACAAGGGCUACCUGCCAAACAUGUUGGGCAUCAUCCCCUAUGCUGGCAUUGACCUGGCAGUUUAUGAGACCCUGAAGAACACCUGGCUGCAGAAGUACAGCAAGGACACCGCUGACCCGGGGGUCUUGGUGCUCUUGGCCUGCGGCACCGUCUCCAGCACCUGUGGCCAGAUUGCCAGCUACCCCCUGGCCCUGGUGCGGACCCGGAUGCAGGCACAAGCAUCCAUUGAGGGUGCCCCACAACUCACCAUGGUUGGGCUCUUUCGUCACAUCCUCUCACGGGAAGGGGUGCUGGGCCUCUACCGCGGCAUCGCCCCCAACUUCAUGAAGGUGAUUCCUGCUGUUAGCAUCAGCUACGUGGUAUAUGAGAACAUGAAGCAGGCUCUGGGGGUAACGUCCAGAUGAAGCGGUUGGGUGCCUCCCCUGAGUGCGUGGGACCUUCCCCCCUAAAAAGAUCGGCUCCUUUCGAUGGCCAUGGCGAUGGCGUGCUCCAAAGGCGGACGUCGUUGGGGAUGGGCCUCCCCUGCUCUGGAGCCCUGGGCACAGUGAGAUGGAGGACUGAAAGGUGUCGGAGCAGACUCGCCCACGUCUUCCUCGUCCCCCCUCGGCAAGGAGCGUUGAGGAACGCUGUCUCGCUCACCAGCCAGAGGCCUGAGGUUGGGAAGUGCCAUGGCCCUUUGGAGGCAGAUUUCCGUGCAUCACCCACAUUCUGGAGUCUUUGGAGAUGGCCUCACCAAACAGGCUUGCUUCUAAGCCAAGGCUCCUCCCUGGCAGCCCGCUGUUCUCUGCAUGUGUGUCUGUCUCCCUUUCCCCGAGUGUCCAAGAGAGAACCAUGGGAAACCAUGGCACGUUUUCCCAUUCUGCCUAUUACUGCCAUCCACAUCAUGGCCUGCUGGAGAACCAACCCCAUCAGUUUUGCCAGAUCUCAAGGAAAAGCAGGGGACUCUGGGUCAAUCCCCACGCCUCCAUCAAUCAGCAAACAUCAACACUGCAGACAAGGCAAUCAGAGACAAUCCACAACACUGGAGGCGAUAGAAAUUCCUGUGACGACUGCCAGGAGUCCUCCGAACCCUUCUGCAGACACUCCAGCACCAUGGUGGCAUCUGGGGGUUCCUACCUCCCCCGCAGAUUUCCAGUUGCCACACCGAAUCACAUUUGAUCCCUCUUCCAUUUCCUCCUCCUUCCAGAUCCUGUUGGGGUGCCCAGAUGAUUGCUUUUCAGCCCAGCCCCACUCUACUUGCCCCUUACUAUGGAAGGCAUCUGUAUAUUUUGCACAUGGACUGUUUUUAACUUAUACGACUGGUCUGCACUCUCUACCUAGACUUCUGUGGCUGAACUUGAAACCUCCUCUACCCCCUCAACCAUCCCGAUUCUCUUCCCUUCUCCUUUAGGGGUGGGGUUGGAGAAUACAGAAAGAAGUUGCAAGGGCUACUGUUUUGUUGUCCUAAUCAGAGCACUUUGCCUGCCUGCGAUCCCUGGAUUUCUUGUGUGCACCCAUUUCUGCCCGCCGUGAGAUAUUUGCACCGGCCACGCUGGCUUUGUCGCUUAAGAAACGCCGCUCCUCGAGCCCUUGCGCCCACAUGCCCUGGCUUUCUUGGCCCUGCUCCGUGUCGCUGACCUCUUUAUUUAUCCGCAGGUCCCAUGGAGGUGGGCAAUCAUUCUGCUUUUUUCUCCCAAGGGAUAUUGCUUUGAAAGCUGUAGAAGAGGCAAGGUAGGGGCCAGACAGCUUGCUCGGACAGACCCCCCCCCCCCCGCCCCUAUUCUACCACCAAUUUAAAAAUAACAACCUGCCUUUAAAAGCUUACUUGGGCUGUCAACUCCUAGCAUGGGGGAUUUUGCAUCAUGCAGUAACUACAGGCAAGGUGCUAUGCAGGGCACUGAAGGUGCCCUAACCCGCCACCGCCCCGAUCUUGUUCAGUAACCCCUCUGGCUGCUGAGAUUCCCCACACACACCUCACACACCAAGCCUUGGUCCUGUGCUUGCAAACAUAUCUUGGUAACCCUAAGGGCUAGAGACCUACUUGGUGGGUUGGGCAAGGGGGAAGCGGAAGCGGAAAUUCUCAGUUGGCCGAAGAUUGUGGCCCCAGUAGACACUGUGAACUUUCUUGCGCUUAUGCAAAAUGUGCGUAGUCUGAAGUGUAACCACUAGAGGGCGAUAACGCGCAGCCCAGCUCCAGAGGUUGACCCAAGUUGACCUCCCUGUAUAGUUCCCAAAGUGUGGAUCCCCGGAGCCGAGGUGGUGGUGGUGGUGGUGUUUGGGAAGGGGGGGUAUGGAUUAAAAUCGGAGGCAUGCUUCAGUAUCAUCUCCACAAUCAGCUCCCAGGACAAUAGGACGAUAUCCUCCUUGAAACUGCAGAAUAACCCAGGUCAACGUGCUGCCUGCCCCCUCCCUUUUGCCUAGCCAGCCUGGACUCAAGGAUGGAACUGAGAUUUCUGGGCAAUGGUGAUGCCCUAGGGAUUCCUCCACACAUAGAAUCAUAGAAAAGCAGAGUUGGAAGGGGCCCACAAGGCCAUCGCGUCCAACCCCCUGCUCAAUGCAGGAAUCCACCCUACAGCAUCCCUGACAGAUGGUUGUCCAGCUGCCUCUUGAAGGCCUCUAGUGUGGGAGAGCCCACAACCUCCCUAGGUCACUGGUUCCAUUGUCGUACUGCUCUAACAGUCAGGAAGUUUUUCCUCAUGUCCAGCUGGAAUCUGGCUUCCUUUAACUUGAGCCCGUUAUUCCGUGUCCUGCACUUUGGGAGGAUCGAGAAGAGACCCUGGCCCUCCUCUGUGUGACAACUUUUUAAGUAUUUGAAGAGUGCUAUCAUGUCUCCCCUCCAGGCUAAACAUGCCCAAUUCUUUCAGUCUCUCUUCAUGUUCAGCUGCAUCAGGGAUUUCAUGCUUUUCUUUGGACAGGGGCAUAGUCAGCGCUGCACAGCCGCUGCCACCAUCCCUGCUUCAAGGAGCCAAUAGAAGAGUGCCCUCCAGGUGUGUUGGCUAACAACGGCUGGGGAUGACAGAAGGUGUAGUCCAAACACAUCUAAAAGGGCCCCAGGGUGGGGAAUGCUGGAGCAGUGGAGGCAUCCAACUUGGCGGCUUUACUUUUCAAAGGGGCCCACUUCUGCCCCUCUUGUGACACACAGUGUGGGGCCACAACCCUGUGGGAAUGUCAGUGGUGUUGAACCUACGGUCAUGGACCAAACCCAAGCCUGUCUGAGGUCUCAGUUCAGCCCACUGGGAUUCUCUAAAGGGCCAUGCCCCUUUAAAGGAUGGAGAGAGACUGAUGGGGUUCAGAUAACACAAUAACCCACACUUAAGGGUUGAGUGUGGGUUGUCAUUGAACUGUGGGUGGUUGUUGAAACUUGGGAUAAGGCUACUAGUCAUGUGGUCUAAAUAUUCCCUCCAGUAUGCCUCUGAGUACCAGCGGCUGGGCAACGCAUGCAGGACGAUGCUAUUGUGCUCAUGCCCUGCACGUGGGCUUCGCACUGAGGCUUCCAGUUCGUCACUGUUGGAACAGAUUGCUGGCCUAGAUGGGCCUGAUCCUAUGGUCUGAUCCAGCAAGGCUCUUCUUAUGCCCUUAAAAUAGCUGUCCCCAAUCUGGUGCGCUCCCAGUGUGCUGGACUUACCAACACCUAUCAGCCCCAGCCAGCCUGGCCAAUGGUCAGGCAUGCUGGAAGUUGUAGUCCAAAAUAACUGGAGGGCACCACAGCAUAUUAUCUAACCAGGGUUCUAAGUUUCUGGCUGGGGGGUGCUUUUGACCAGGGAGAAGACAUUUGGACUACAAAGGUCAGGUGGCCACUGACCUAAAAUCGCCCACCAAGAAGCCAGCUGGAGUCAGUGAAGGCUGAUGGCUCCUAUGUCAGUGGGGCAGUGAACCUGCACUGGGUUUCAGCCAGAACUCUAAAGGAACUAUCCAAAGUGCAAAGUCUUGACUGAAACCCGGUGCGGAUUCAUUGCCCUUCUGACAUCAGAGCCACCAGCUUCCACUGGGUGGAAUUCCUGGCAUGGUGUCAGGGUUCUAGCAGAAUGCCUUGUUUUUUGGAAUUGAACAAGUGGGGAAGUCCUCCAACAACUGUUGCAUUCAUCAUGCACUCUUCUUUAUUUAUAAAUCUUGCCUGAGCCUAUUUCUGUACAUCUGCUGCUACUGCUGCUGCUGCGUUUUGUAUUGGUAUUUCAAAGGGAAAACAAAACAAAACACAAGCUAAUAAAUUUUCUAAACUUUC